CAGCCAGGAGUUCGGUCGCGGCACGAGUCAGUAGCACAUGAGCGCUCGCCGAGCGAGUAUCGUUCCGUCAAGCGGCUCUCGCCCGGGCGAUAAUGUCACCGAGUGAUCGUCGAGCGACUACGAGAGGAUCUUGAAAAGAAAUAUAUAUAUAUAUAUUUAUUAGAGGAUACGUGCAAAAAAAUAAACAAUACGAAAUAUUUAUAAAUAAUAAAAUAUAAACGUGUACUAUAUAUAUAUGUAUACGUAUAUAUAUAUAUACACGUGUAUAUAAUAUUAUACAUAUAUAUAUAUAUAUAAACGUGCGUGCAACGAAAAAGAGAAAAAGAGAGAGAGAGAGAACGAUAAGAUAUCGUCGAUAUUCCAUCGACGGGUUCUUUUUUUUUUUGUCUUGGCCAACGAAAAAAGAAGACGUCAAAAGGUACGAUAGAAAGAAGAAAACAUUUUUGAAGAGGUGGCGGCGGAGGAGGUGAAGAAGAAGAAGAAGAAUAAGUGAGAGUGAGAGGGGAAAAAAAAAUAAAAGAAGCGAAUCGCCGCGUCGGAACACGCGCCAGGAAUUGUCUCUAAUACUAAAAGCGUGUUUUCUUCCGCAAAGGGGCGCGCGCGCGCGCGCAAUCAUCGUCGUAUAUACACAUCCAUUCGCCGCAUUCAAGAAAGGAAAAGUAGAAAGUGUGCGAAAAGGACGACAAUUUCGUUGGCUAAAUCCGUUUGUAAAAAGGGGGCAAGGGAAAAAAAAACAACAUAGAUAAAGAGAAAGAUACGAAAGAAAUAAAGAGAAGUUUAGGAGAAAAAAAAAAGGAUCUUCACGUAGAGAACGAGUCACGAUCACAUCUCUAUAUUUCAUCGGUGGUCUUCGAUUCGAAUUGAUUUUUCGCGAACUCGAAGAGAAAAGAAGAAACAAUAAAGAGAAGAGUAGAAAAGAGAAGGGGAAAAGAAAAAGAAAAGGAUUAAGUUAGAACAAAGGAUAGAAAGGGAGAGAUUGAUCCUCGUUAUUUUCUUCUCCUGUUUUUCUUUUCCCAUCCCGACGGAAUUUACGUUUUACGUAAAGGGAGGAGAAAGGAAAGAAAGAGAAACAAACAAAAAAAAAAAGAAAACAAAAAUAAUAAAAAGGAAAGAAGAGUAAAGGCAAAAAAAGGAUUUAAUAUUAUUAAUUAUUGCUAUUAUUAUUAAUUACACUUGUAUAUUUUUGUUUGUAUGAAAAAAAAAAAAAACAAAAAAGAUUCCUGAAGUGUGUUUUCUAUACGAUAUAACAGAUACAUAAAUAUAGAGUAUAUACAUAUAUACGUACAUAUAUAUAUAUAUAUAUAUAUAUCAUUAUAAUUAUUAUUAUCAAUUGUCGAGUCACCAAGAGGAGAUACGCGCGAUAGUUUGCCAGCUGGUAUAGUGUGGUGAUAACGAUCGUCGAUUUAUUAAUUUUGCUUAAGGAAAAGUGGAAAAAUAUAAAGUGAGAGAGAUAGAGAUAAAAAAGAGAAAGAGAACGAGCGAGCGAGCGAGAUAGAGGCUUGCUGCGACGUGUGUUUAAAAAAUAACAAAAUAAAAUAAAAUAAAAAGUAAAAAAGAAAAAAAAAUAAAAGAACGGCCCAAGAAUGGUGCCACAACAGCAGGACAGCCCUUCGAGCUCGGGUAUACCGAUGUUUGGAUCUUUACUUGUGGAUAAAAAUUCGGCCACGCCGUACUCGGAUGCUACACAGACAAAAAAGAACAAUCCGAAUCACAUAAAACGGCCGAUGAACGCGUUCAUGGUCUGGUCACAGAUCGAACGCAGGAAGAUUUGCGAGGUCCAACCGGAUAUGCACAAUGCCGAAAUCAGUAAACGACUUGGUAGACGUUGGAAAACAUUGGACGAGGCCGAGAGGAGACCUUUCAUCGAGGAAGCUGAAAGAUUAAGGCAAUUACACAUGAUGGAAUAUCCGGAUUACAAGUACCGACCACGGAAAAAGACAACGAAACCAGCGCCGGCGCCAAAAACUAAAGAAUCCGCCGGUAAGAAACCGAGGAAAUCGUCAACCUCCUCAAAUUCCUCAUCUUCCUCUUCCUCGUCUAUUGGCGGUUCCACGCCAUUAUCACAUUCGAAAUCGCGGAACGACACAAACAACAACACGCAGACACCAUCGUUGAAGAGGUUGCAGGCUCAACCGAGCACGAAGCCAGUUUCAAGGUUGAAGGUCAGAUUGGCCCUUAACAAGAGGCCUCUCGACUAUACACCAGCUCCACCGAUCGUCACAGCUAAAGUACCAAGCAGUCCGUCCUGCGACACGCCGGAUUCUCCAGAGUCUGCUAGCUUUUACGACGACAAUUAUCACGAUAACGGUCCAGCCGCUGUGGCGGCCGCAGCUGCAGCCGCAGCCGCGAUUGUUGGCGGUGGUUCGCAUGCCGGUUUACCACCCCCUUUACCAUCUACCAGCUCGUUACUUGCCACUAAGAUCAAGCAAGAGUCCGCAUCGAUCAUGGAUAUGGAUUACAAGACGACAUCGACGACGAAUACCGCGACACCGACUACCAGCUAUACGAAGGACAGACUUUUAUCAUCCGUCAGAGGAGCUGAAUCCUUUUCUACCUCCUCCUCCUCAUCAUCCUCUUCCUCCUCUUCCUCCUCCUCCUCAAAUAUCUCCUCAUCGUCCUCCUCGUCGCUCUUAAACUCCGAUGUCGACAGUCUCGGCAGGAGCACCACCACGGUUAGAUCAUCCACACCGUGCCAUCUCGAUGCUCAUCAUCAACAGCAACAUCCCUUCUCCAUCAAAGAGGAACCCUUGGAUCCGACUCUCGCCACGGCAACGACGACAAUUGGCACGAGUCUUACAUCUUCCUCAUCCACCUCCUCGACAUCCCCUACGAAUAGUACCGGAUCCAUCAAGCUCGAGGAAGUAUCAGGAAGUAAUCCAAGCCUAGCCGAUCUCUAUUCCCUUACCGAUCUCUUACAAAUACAACAGUCCGAUUUCAAGCUGGACCUCGACAUGGAGACAAUUACGACCGAUCUUGACACAUUCGAAACUGCUAGCUCGAGUAGCGGUUCACACUUUGAAUUUUCUUGCAUGCCCGAUGUCACGGACAUGUUGUCGAAUAUAGGGGUCAGUAACGAGUGGGUUAGCUUUUGAGUUAUCUACGACGAUGGCGACUACCUCUCGAUCAACGCGUCGAUCGAUUUUCUUACGUCUAUUAAAAAAAAGCAUAUAUAUUUUAUCCCUUAUCCGGUUAACCGAAAGCGGACUCGACGAUCUCGAUUUCUCCAAACUACGAGUCUCCUCGGAUCACCUUUCCGAAAAAAGCACAUCUAUCAACCGCAUAGCGCACCACCAUCACUAACGUUCUCUCUCUCUCUCUCUCUCUCUCAUUCUUUCUCUUUUUCUUUUUCUAUUAUUAUCUAUUUGUGCCCCGUCAUCUUUUACGGUUUAAAGGGACAGGACGAUUAAAGCGGCCCGACACCAGACGUCAUUCUUUUACCAAACAUAUUUCAACUCGUUCUCAUGCUGCUUCGAGGCGUUUCGAAAAGAAGGAAAAGGAGUAAGGUAUAGAGGGAACAGGGGAGUGGGAGGUGGAAGAAGGUGAGAGGGGACAGGGGCAGGGUUGAGGGAGGUAGUAUGCCUUAGGGACGACCGGAAACGGCCAUCGAGAGUAUAUGUAUAUAAAGAGGGUCUGGAAAAGAGGCACCAGCUGUGUUCUCCCUUUGCUCUUUCUCUUCUUCCGGUACCCCCUCCGAUUUAUCCUACAUAGUUAUCUCUCUCUCUUUCCUUACUUCGUCCAUGGAAUUCUUCGUACCCUCGUCGUUGUCGACCGAAUUUAAACCCACGGUCAGCUGAUCGCCAGCUGGUGCGGACUACUCGAAUUCCUUCUUUUCACGUCCCUCGGAGAAAAUUAUCGUGAGAUCGAAAACGUAAGAGAGAGAGAGAGAGAGAGAGAGAGAGAGAGAGAGAGAGAGAGAGAGAGAGAGAGAGAGAGAGAGAGAGAGAAAGAGAAAGA